GGAAAUAGUCAAAUCGAUUUUACAAUACAUAAAUUCAGAAAUAUGAAAAAAAGAGAGGAGUAAAAAGGAAAGAUAAAUAAAAGAUAAAAAAAAAAAAAAAAAAAAAAAAAAGAAGAAGAUAAAUUGGUGAGCAAGAGGGCAAGUUAAUUAAGUUGAUAUAAUGGAUCAACUUAUUUGCCAAAAAUCUAGCAGUUCUAUUUCUCUAAGUUUUCUCCUCUCUUUUUUCCCAAUCAACAAGAAAAUGAUGAUUUGGAUAAAUGAUACACUAUUUCUCCUUCUACUUGUAAUCUUGGGAUUCUUUUUGACCCAAAUAGAAUGUCUAAGAUUUGAACUGGAAUCAGGUCAUACAAAAUGCAUAGCUGAAGAAAUCAAAGGCCAUGCCAUGACUGUUGGCAAGUAUCAUAUCGUUAACCCAAAUGAUGGUCAUCCUUUACCUGAUACUCACAAAGUCACCGUCAGAGUAACAUCUGCACAUGCGAAUAGCCAUGCCCAUCACUACGCGGAAAAUGUUCAUGAGGGGCAUUUUUCUUUUGAGACUGCAGAAGCUGCGGAUUAUCACACUUGCUUUACUGCUGCCGAUCACAAGCCUCCGGUUAAGUUGAAUGUUGAUUUUGAGUGGAAAUCUGGUGUUGCAGCUAAGGACUGGACAAAUGUUGCCAAGAAAUCCUCUGUCGAGGCAAUGGAAAUGGAACUAAAGCAUAUGCUUGAGAUUGUUCAAGGCGUACACGAUGAGAUGUUUUAUCUCCGAGAAAGGGAAGAAGAAAUGCAAGAACUGAACAGAGAUACCAGCUAUAAAUUGGCUUGGAUGACUGGUUUGUCAAUUCUUGUAUGCCUGUCUGUAGCAGGUUUGCAGGUGUGGCACUUGAAGACUUUCUUUGAAAAGAAGAAGCUUAUUUAAAUUACUCCAACUUCAAAUUCACUGCUGCUGUACAACUUUUUUUGGCAUACACAACUUAUUGUCGAAGAUUUGACUCAAUGUGGUGUAAUAUGUUAGAAGAUUUAAUUGUCAAUGAAAACGCUAUACUCUGAUUUCUAGUGGCCGUCUCUCAACUCUCAGUAAUAAAGUGCUUUGUAUGACCGCAGCACUAUUUUUUGGUCUUAUCAAUACAAUCCCAGUAUUAAUAAUGUUGUGAUUACUUAUGCUGAAAUGUUUUUUA